UCAGUCCAAAUCAUGAAAAUGAGCUUAUUUGGCAAACUGAAGAACGUCAACCCUCCGGUGCCACCCAGGAGGACAGACAACAAUCAGGACUUUGGGUGGAAACAGCAUGGAGUAUGGCAGGAGGACGAGGAGGAAGAGGGCGACAUGUACGAAGCGCCGCCCUGUGAGCGUGCAGCUGUCGCAGUCCCACUGAGACAAGUGGAAGAGAACGUAUAUAUGGAACGAAGCUCCAAUGCUGCCGCAGUCCCUCAACAACUAUUAGCCGCACCUUCAUCGAGGCUGAAUGGAAAACCUCAGCCUCAACAACAUGCAAAGGAGCCGAACGCCAAGGGUUUACAGCAGCACGGUGCAAAUUUGGCUCACAAGUCUCACCCUUCAGCACCCGAGGUCGACAGAAACGAGAAGCCUGGCAGGAAAACGAUGGCGCCUCCCACCGCUACCUUUCUUACCUCUACCGUGGAGGAAGAUGUGUAUGUGGAUCCAAAUGAAGAACAGGGGGAUAACGACAACCUGUAUUUAGAACCAGCAGCUGCCUGCCCUCCGUCCCCCCGGGGCCCGAUUAUUAUGCCUUCACCCACCAAGAUGUCACUCACGCCCUCCCCCAUAAUGAAGCCUCCACUUCCCAGAGCAAAUUCUACUUCCUUCCUGCAUUCCAUGACAGAAGUAAAAACAGCAUCAAACGUCGAAGCAAGACCCGUCACCGCCAAGCUAUCGCCUUCGACAGCAGGCUUUAAGCUCCCUCUGGCAACCAGUCUAAAGGAGACGAUUUUCAGCCAUGCAAAUCCUCACAUGCUGGAUAAUAAGCACGCAACUUACUCUGGUGGCGGGAGGGCAACCAAACAGUCGGGGAAUGAGGGCAAAGAAUGGUUUGCUGGUGAUUGCAACAGGAAGACAGCAGAGGAUCUCUUAUUGGGAAUCAAUAAGGACGGCACCUUCCUCAUCCGACACAGCUCAGCCCAGAACACACGGCAGCCUUUCACCCUCGCUGUGCUCUACCAGCAGAAAGUCUACAACAUUCCAGUCCGCUUCCUGGAGGAGAUGCAGGGCUUCGCUCUGGGAAAGGAGGGAAAAAAAAGCGAAGAGGUUUUCACCAGCCUGGACGAGAUGGUGACGCACCAUCAGAAGAACCAGCUCUAUCUGAUUGACAGCAAGAGCCAGGCCAAGCAUGCCGUCUAUUUAUCGAAUCCUGCACGCUGUUAGCGUCACGAUAUUCUACACAGAAACAGAUACUCUACAAUCCUUAUAUUGAAAACAAUGUCAAAAUUUAUUGGACACAAUAAGCUGUGCAUCAGCAUGAAUUAAUAUUCCACAGCUGCAUCAAAGCAGACAUAUUGAUGGGGAAAAAAUGACUUGCUGGAUGAGUUGUUAGUCCCAUAGUUUGGGGUUUGAAUCCUUCCUCUGUGGAUGUGUGUGAACACUUUCAUUUAUCCAGGUCUUUGACUCCUUUAAUUUAUUUGAUUCAUUUAAUCGAUUGCAACCAGACUCUUCUGGCCAGUCUUUAUAAUUUCAAUGCACUAAGAUAGGAUAGCGCUAUCAGUUUGAUGUAUUCUAUUCAUCAUUAACAUAAUUCUGUUACUGUAAUUUCCGGCCUACAAGCCGUGACUUUUUUCACACGCUUUCAACCCUGCGGUUUUUGCGGUGAUACGGCGUUAGCCUUAGUGCGGCGCUAUCCUUAGCACACGUGGUUAUAAGCCUCAGUACACAGAAAGAGUUUAACGCUAGUGCGCGCUAACACUAGUGCUGCGUUAACGCUAGCGGUAAACUCUUUGUGUGACUUUUUCUUCUUUUUCUUUCGGCUUGUCCCGUUAGGGGUCGCCACAGCAUGUCAUCUUUUUCCAUUUAAGCCUAUCUCGUGCAUCUUCCUCUCUAACACCCACUGUCCUCAUGUCCUCCCUCACAACAUCCAUCAACCUUCUCGUUGGUUUUCCUCUCGCUCGUUUGCCUAGCAACUCCAUCCUCAGCACCCUUGGACCAAUAAACUCACUCUCUCGCCUCUGGACAUGUCCAAACCAUCAAAGUCUCCUAUCUUGAAUCUUGUCUCUAAAACAUCCAACUUUGGCUGUCCCUCUAAUGAGCUCAUUUCUAAUCCUAUCCAACCUGCUCACUCCAAGCCUCAAUAUCUUAAUUUCUGCCACCUCCAGUUCUGCUUCCUGUUGUUUCUUCAGUGCCACCGUAUCUAAUCCGUACAUCAUGGCCGGCCUCACCACUGUUUUGUAAACUUUGCCCUUCAUCCUAACGGAGACUCUUCUGUCACAUAGAACACCAGAAACCUUCCGUCAUCCGUUCCACCCCACUUGAACCCGUUUCUUCACUUCCUCUUUCUGUGUACCGAGGCUUAUAACCAGGUGGGCUCUGUAGCCCAGGAAUUACGGUAAUAGUGAUCAGACUCUUUGAUCUUACCAAUACUGUCAUGCAGUCUUCUGAGCUAAACAUUUCACCUCCUGCGCCUUCUCGUUAUAACAUUUUUCAUCAUGCGCAGGCUAAGUCACGGCGGAAAAAGAAGUCAGGGUAAAUGAUUGGGUUGACCCGAUGCACAGGCAAGCAUAUUUCCAAAUAAACCGAUUCAAGCCGCAGUGUUUGGACUGCAAAAGAGGUCAGGAAGGAAGGCUGUAAAUAAACACACAAGCAGACAAAUCAGCUGGAGGCACAGCGCGAUUUAAGUAUCCAGUCACAUCCAGUAAUAGCCAAGGAACUGCAACAAGCAUCGCGAGUCUUUUAGAGGAAUACAACAACAUAAUUUCUCUCUCGAUGAAUGGAUGGUUAGGUUGCUGGAGGAGGCGUUCUAGCCAAAGAAUGACUUCCUGGAGAUGCUGCAAUCUAGCAGCAGGGUGUGAGCAAUUCUGCUGGAAUGCUGUCCUGUUUAUUCCCCAGACCGGAACUCAUAAUAUCCUGUGAUCAUCACUGAUAAUAAUACGUCGUAGGUAGGCGAUUAGUAAUCGGGAUGGACAUUUGACUACAUUUUGUUGAUGUACUAUUUUGAUAUCAUUUUGAUGGGGUGAUUGAAUGUCUCAGAAUGUUCUGAACUAUUGUUAUAAUGUUAUUUUGCUGAUUCGUGGUGCCUAGAGAAAUCAUUAUUGAGGAGCUCCGAGGAUUAAUUAAACAA